UUUAGAGCUGAAUUUGUCGGGCGAAAGCUGUGUGCUAGGGUUGUGGUGGGUUUUGGGUUUUGGGUUUUGAAUCAGACAUUUAUGUCGACCGCUGCAGCCAAAGCCCUUGCUGGAAUUCUAGUGUUUGUUUCUUACUCUGUUCGCCUCACCUACGCUAUUGUUCACCUCAAAUCCUUGUCCGCUUCCUUCAUUGACGCUCCCGCCAGAUUUGCUGUUAGUGUUAACAGCACUGGAAUAUGCGGAGCUUUGCAUUUGGCAGAUCCUCUCGAGGCAUGUUCUUCUCUGCUCAACAGGUUUCGAUCCCAAGAAAUUGAUACAAUAAAAUUUGCUCUGAUAAUUAGGGGUAAAUGUGCUUUUGAGGAUAAAGUCCGAAAUGCUCAAGAUGCUGGCUUUCAUGCUGUAAUCGUGUAUGAUGAUCGAGAUAAGGGAAAUUUGGUUUCCAUGAUAGGAAACUCCCAGGGCAUAUGGGUGCCUGCAGUUUUUGUUUCUAAGGCAGCUGGUGAAACCCUGAAGAUAUAUGCUCAAGGACAAGAAGGGGAAUGCUGCAUUAUAAACCCUUCAUUCCCAGAAUCUGCCUGGACUGUGAUGGUAAUAUCUUUCAUCUCACUUCUUGUCAUAGCAACUGUCGUGUUAACGUUCUUUCUCACUCGCAACCGCCGGUUGAAUCAACGAGGAGCAAAUCCCCACCGUCCUAGUGUGGAUGCCAAGUUGGUGGAAGUUCUUCCCUGCUUUACAUUCAGUCAAGCAUGUGAGUGCCGCGUAGGAGAUACAUGUUCCAUCUGUCUUGAGGACUACAAAGAUGGUGAACGGCUCAGAGUUCUCCCCUGCCACCAUGAAUUUCACGCGAGCUGUGUGGACUCAUGGCUUACAAAGUGGGGGACUUUCUGCCCGGUUUGUAAAUAUGAAUUGAGUACUGAUGCCACAUGUUCUAAAGUGAAUGAGAGGAGAACAUUUUUAUUUUUUUACCCAGCAACAGAAUUUAUCAGCGCUGAUGCUCAUGAAGCUAAGGAUCUUAUUGCCUCCGGCUAUAGAUAUCUAGAUGUUAGGAUGGUGGAAGAUUUCAACAAAGGCCAUGUGGAUGUUGAGAGCGUCUUUAACAUCCCUUACUUCAUCAUGACCCCAGAGGGUAGGGUGAAAAAUCCUCAAUUUUUGGAGCAGGUUUUGUCGGUUUGCAGCAAGCAAGAUGGUCUCAUUGUGGGCUGUGGAACCGGGGGCAGGUCUCGUCUAGCAACAGUUGAUCUUCUUAAUGCCAAACAGGACUCAGAUUCAUUCCGCGAACCAGACCAGCAGGACACAUCGUUUCCAUAUUCAUCCGGUUUUCCUUCUCCAGAAACCCUAAGAUAUAGGCCCCUACUCUCUACCUCAUGGCCUCUCCUAAGUGUGGUUCUUGUUUGCGCCAUACUUUUUCUAUAUAGCUGCGAAUUUCUAUAUAUUCACAAGGCCAUGGGUGUUCUUUGGGCUGUGUUCCGUUGUCGAUUUCAGUUUCUUCUUCUGUUCCUUCUUUUGUCUUGUAGCUCAGCAACAGAGGUCGUCACCAUUGAUGUUCAUGCAGCUAAGGAUCUCAUCAAUUCAGGCUACCGUUAUCUUGAUGUCAGGACGGUUGAAGAGUUCAAGAAAGGCCAUGCCGAUGUUGAGAACAUUCUGAACAUCCCUUACCUCUUCACCACCCCUGAGGGAAGGCUGAAAAAUCCUGAAUUCUUGGAGCAGGUUCAGUCUGCUUGCAGCAAGGAAGAUCAUCUCGUCGUGGGAUGUCUAGGUGGGGUGAGAUCCCUUGCAGCCGCCUCUGUUCUUGUCAAUGCUGAUUUCAAGGAUGUGAAGGACAUGGGAGGAGGGGAGGCUAUGAGGCAUGAGUGGAAACUGGACUUACAGUCACCAAACCAAAAGAAGAAGAGAAGUGAUUGGAUGCUUCACUGUAAAGCUAGACCUUUGCCUAUGCAUUAAUUCUUGGUUGUAUGUUCUCCACCAAUCAAGUAUCACAUUUCUUCUCA